CACAAUUCAUAAGCCUCUUGUGACAAGUCUUAACGGACAUUUUGCAUGCAUUGUCAUUGCCAUCUCAUCCAGAUACAGUUUUGCGCGUUGAAUGACAAUUUGCCCUGCGAGGUAUUUCGAGAGCGGUGGACAAGAGACCUUUGAAAGGAUUUGUCUCGUUGACAUAACAGGAAUAAUAAGCAAAGCAUCUGAACCGAUAAUAUCAUCUCUGGCAUUCGUCAAGCGACUUUGUCACAAAGUCAGUUUCAUCUGCAGGUUGUUGAGAAUCUCCCGCGCGCGGUUUGCUCUGCCAUUGUCUUCAGUAUGUCAACACCCCCACCGGACACUGUUCAUGCACCAACACCAUUCCUCUACUGUCCCGGUCCCAUCUUUUUUCCCAACCUUCACGUCUUCUCGCCAUGCUUCCUACACACGCUCAUUCCUACUAUUCUGAUCCUGUAUCUCCUCGCCGUUCAUAUCUACCGUCGCUGGUUUCCAGCAGGCGGAAACCAACCGUCGAUACAUAUAUCGUCUGAUGGGAGAACCAGAAACGGGAAUGAUUGGUCUUUUGGGCGGUUUCUGGGACGAACAUCAUGGUUUUGGCGGAGACGGAGUGGGCGAAAUGGCCAUCGGGGAUCUGGUAACGUCGCAGGGCGGGGGGAUCAAGGGUUGUAUGCCCAUGAAGUGGAUGCAGAAGAUGAGCGGUUACUGAAUGGCGAUGUGCCAAAUAACCUCGACCCAGAAGAUCUGGUGACGGAGGGGGAGGUAGGGCCAGACGAGAGCGUGGGAGAAUCCUUGGCGGAAACUCCUCCGACGCCGACAUCAGAGGCGCCGUCCGGUGUGGUGCACGGGAUUCAAAUAUCGCCGGCAUAUCAGCGACUUGUCAACAUGAGCUAUACCUUGGUCAUAUUCAUUAUUCUUGCUCACACCUUUGAGGCUCUAUGGAUUGCCGGACGCUUCCUCCCAAAUAGCUCUAAGAUGCCGCCAUUCGAGACGCCGCGACCACCCGUGUACUAUAUAAGUAUAUAUUCGCUCGUCGUCAUACCAUGGAUUGUGCACUAUCGUGAAAUGCUACGUGAUGGGAAGCAAACCGGAUUGAGUUUCAGCAUAUCGUUCCAAGCCGGGCCGGCAUCGGGACGAAUCAAAGGGUUCUGGGUACUAGCAUUCAUUCUGUAUCUUAUCGAGCUAGCACACAUCAUUGUGUAUUUGAGACACACGCCCACCAUUGGGGAUGAGUCUGCUUACACCUUCUCUACAGCGUUCGUCAUAAGCUUCUUCGUUCGGUUGUCCCUAGUCUCAAUCCUGCUUGUUCUGGCUGCGGCCAUCGAUGUCCAUGCGAGGGCUGUGCAGGCCCAAGGCAGUUACUAUAUCGACGCCGAGUCCGGUGGCCCAGGUUCUACCGAAACACCUAUUCCCGAUAUCUACCAGCCGCCGACGACGUUCGGAGAGUUUGCAGCUCAUUUCAAAAAACUCUUGCCGUUUAUAUGGCCCAAGGGAAAGCACGCUCUCAAGCUUCAAGUUAUGAUCGUCGCGUGCUUCGCAUUGCUCAUAGUGGGGCGAAUCAUCAACCUUCUCGUCCCGCUUCAGUAUAAGCGGGUUGUCGAUGCACUUGGUGGAUCCUUUGGGUUUAAGGACGGAAAAGAUGAAAAAGGGUUGGCUGGGAGUCAACCAGAAGACAUCCCUUAUGGAGAUAUAUUAUUGUUUGUGUUUCUUCGGUUCAUGUCGGGUGGUGUUGGACUUUUGAGUACUUUGCAGUCAUAUUUGUGGAUCCCAGUGGGACAGUACACAACCCGCCAAAUAUCGGUCAAAAUGUUUGAGCACUUGCACAAUCUAUCCCUGCGUUUUCAUUUGAAUCGCAAAACUGGAGAAAUAUUGCGAGUACAAGAUCGAGGAGUUGCGAGUAUUGUCUCUCUGUUUUCUUCCAUUUUGUUUAACAUCGUGCCUACACUGGCCGAUAUCGCAAUUGCGUGCUUUUAUUUCACAAUUGAGUUCGACAUGUAUUUUGGGUUUAUCGUGUUCACAACAAUGGGAUUGUACAUUUUUUGCACAAUCAUCAUCACGGAGUGGCGUACAAAGUAUCGUCGUAUUGCAAACUUGUUGGACAAUGCAAUGGAAGCCAAGGCGGUCGACUCCCUGCUCAAUUUCGAAACUGUAAAAUACUAUAAUGCCGAGGAGUUUGAGGUUGACCAGUACACCAAGGCUGUCAAAGAGUACCAAAAGGCUGACUUCACGUCAAGCAUGACAUUAUCUGUGCUCAACACUACUCAAAAUGUCAUUAUUCAAGUUGGGCUACUGGUUGGCUGCCUGCUUUGUGCCAAACGCAUCGUGUACGACAAAACAAUGACGGUGGGGGAUUUUGUACUGUAUCUUAGUUAUAUCACCCAGUUGUAUGGGCCAUUGAACUGGUUUGGGAAUUACUACCGCGUCAUCCAGAAAAACUUUGUCGACAUGGAGAAGAUGCUGGACCUAUUCAAAGAACCCGUUGAAAUCGAUGACCCGCCGGAACCCAAGCCUCUGAUAGUGAAGGGUGGUGAAGUUGUCUUUGAUAAAGUGUCGUUUGCGUACGAUCCGCGUCGACCUGUGCUGGAGGAUGUUUCGUUCAAAGCCGAGCCGGGGUCGACUAUUGCACUUGUAGGACCUUCUGGAUCAGGAAAAUCGACGAUCCUCCGACUAUUGUUCCGUUUUUACGAUAUACAGCAAGGGAGCAUUAGCAUCGAUGGGGUCGAUAUACGAGAUGUUAGGCAAAAGGCUCUUCGAGGGAGUAUCGGAGUUGUGCCGCAGGACACGGUUUUGUUUAACGAUACCAUUAAAUAUAAUCUGCUGUACGGUCGACCGGGAGCAUCGGAUCAUGAAGUGUUUGUUACUGCAGAGGCGGCGCAGAUUCAUGAUAGGAUUUUAAGCUUUCCUGAUGGGUACGAAACAAAGGUUGGAGAGCGUGGGCUGCGACUGAGCGGUGGCGAAAAGCAGCGAGUAGCAAUUGCACGGACGCUGCUCAAAAAUCCAGCCAUCAUCCUACUGGAUGAAGCAACAUCUGCCUUGGACACAAGAUCCGAGGCGGCCCUCCAAAGUGCGUUACUGACUCGUUCCCGCACUACCAUCGUCAUUGCACACCGCCUCUCGACCAUUGUCAACGCCGACCAAAUUCUCGUCCUAAAGGAGGGCAGAAUUGUCGAGCGAGGUACACAUGAGUCCUUGAUGCGCAUGAGGGAUGGUGUCUACUUUGAUAUGUGGAUGAAGCAGCUGAAGGAUGAGCAGGGGUUGGGUGGCCUGGCUAGUAUGACUUCAAUGGAUCGGUGGCUAUCGUCUACUCCUAGUGUAGAGGAGUUGAAGGAUGAUGAUCACGAUGUCGAGGAGGGAGAGGGCGAGACGGAAGAGGCGACAAAGGCCAAAAGGGAACCGACGAACUGGGAAGAGGUUAAGGAUGCAGAGCAAGCUGUGAAUGAGGAUGUUCCAUACGAGACUGAGCAUAUAUCAAAGCCAAAGGAGGACGUAACUCCAUCCGUAAUGCGAGAGGAGUGUCCAUCAAACGGCUCACCAAGACCAAGUGUUCUUACAAAUCACGAAGAAGACGACGGCGACGUUGCAACGGAAAAUGGGACAAAUGGAAGAGAGUCUGUUGCGUCUACAGGGAGCGCCAAGCGGACUAAGAAGAAGAAGAAGGGAAAGAAGGGAAAGGGAAACGUGAAUGGGGGAGGAGGUGCCUAGUGAAUGUAUGAGUGUACAGCGCAAGGGCCCCUGUGAUCGUAUGAUAGCACAACAACUGUGAAUACAUCGCACUUCUGCAUCGA